AUGGCCGGUGGGGGAUUCUCCAUUGAUGCCCCAGCCAUUGGCUACAAUGGCAAAAUAACAAUCUCAGUUGUGCUCAGUUGCAUCGUUGCUGCAUCCAGUGGACUCAUUUUUGGAUAUGAUCUCGGAGUUUCAGGAGGUGUGACAACGAUGGUACCGUUUCUUAAGAAAUUCUUCCCAGAAAUACUGAGAAAGGCUGCUGGUACCGAAGUCAACAUGUACUGUGUGUAUGACAGUCAAGUGCUGACAUUAUUCACAUCUUCCCUCUAUCUAGCUGGGUUAGUCUCAUCUCUCGCAGCUAGCCGAGUCACGGCGGCGUUGGGUAGGAGAAACACCAUCAUGUUGGGUGGUACCAUCUUCUUUGCCGGUGGUGCCAUUAAUGGAGGAUCUGAAAAUAUUGCUAUGCUCAUCUUGGGCCGCAUCCUUCUUGGCCUUGGGGUCGGUUUCACUAAUCAAGCUGCGCCGUUGUACCUUUCUGAAAUCGCUCCACCCAAAUGGCGAGGCGCAUUCAACACGGGGUUCCAAUUCUUCAUAGGAGUUGGAGUGGUUGCUGCAAGCUGCAUAAACUAUGGCACAGCCAAGCACACUUGGGGUUGGCGACUCUCCCUUGGCCUUGCCGUGGUGCCUGCAGCAGUAAUGACAUUUGGAACCUUUCUUAUAACUGACACUCCCAGCAGCUUGGUGGAACGUGGCAACAUAGACCAAGCUAGAAAAGCCUUGCACAAAGUCAGAGGAUCCACCAUCGAUGUUGAACCUGAGUUAGAAGAACUCAUUAGAUUGUCAGAAAUUGCAAAAUCUGUGGAGGAGGAGCCCUUUAAGACCAUAUUCAAGAGGCAGUAUCGACCUCACUUGGUCAUGGCAUUUGCAAUCCCAUUCUUUCAAACACUUACAGGGAUCAGCAUAGUCGCAUUCUAUUCACCCAACAUCUUUCAGUCUGUGGGUUUAGGACACGAUGCAGCUUUACUUUCUGCCGUUAUACUUGGACUCGUCAACCUUGGUUCUAUCCUCGUAUCCACUGCUUUUGUUGAUCGGUUUGGUCGAAGAAUCUUGUUCAUUACGGGUGGCAUUCUGAUGUUUUUAUGUCAGAUUGCGGUGUCAGUUUUGCUAGCAGUGGAAACUGGUGUUCAUGGUACGAAGCACCUAUCGAAGGGCAAUGCUGUGCUGGUAUUGGUGCUACUGUGUUUCUACGCAGCAGGUUUUGGUUGGUCAUGGGGUCCUCUUACGUGGCUAAUUCCAAGUGAAAUUUUCCCCUUAAAAAUCAGAACAACUGGACAAAGCAUAGCUGUUGCUGUGCAGUUGAUAACCAUAUUUAUUUUAUCACAGACAUUCUUGACAAUGCUAUGUCACUUUAAGUUCGCCGCCUUCUUGUUCUAUGCGGUUUGGAUUGCAGUGAUGACCGUCUUUGUUAUAUUUUUCUUGCCCGAGACCAAAGGAAUUGCUUUGGAGUCUAUGUACACCAUAUGGGGCAAACACUGGUUUUGGCGCAGGUUUGUUGUUAAAGGAGAAAUUGACCAACAUAAUCUUCCAUGA